UGUGUGUAGAGUACAUCAACACCAACACAUCUAGCUCAUUUAGACUGUUAACACACCUUUUAAACUAUCACACAAGUAAACGUACUUAAGGAGGCUAACACACCAUUUCAUGUAUCAAGUAAGACCAUUUUGCCUAUCAGAGAGGUCAAUUGAAUGAAAAGUAGCGAUAAUAAACUUCCUGAUAGCUAAAAGUAAAAUUCUGACUUCAAAUGGGAAUAGCUAACGUGUUCUACAAGUGCGUUCAAAAUGUUGUUUUGACAACUAAAAAAGUGCUAAAUAUCUUUUUUAUUUUUAAAUUAUCCCUUGUAAAAGAACGAAACUAUUUAUAUCAUCGAUUGAAGAUUGAAACAAUUGCGAAGUUAAAUAAAGAAAGGAGCUAACCUUUUUAAACGAAGAAAUCUAUUGAAGAAUUUAAAUUAAACAUUUAUGAGCCAGAUACAUGGAAAGGUGAUAUUGUGUUACUUUUGAUGUGUUAUAUCUGCAUGUAAUAUUAUAUAAUAUUCACACCAGAAGAAAAAAAGAGAAAGUGAUUAUAAAACUUAAUAAAAUGUUGUUCUUGAAAGUACCCUGAACAAUUUGUCAAGUCAUAAAAAUGCUACUUCAUUUCUUAUGCAUUGUCUUGUCUUCGAAUUGUAUUACGGGAGAAGAUAAUUCAUUCUCGUACUACAACGCAGACAAUAUCGGCUGGAGCAGACGAAUCUUGUUUAAAGGUCAAUGUCAGUGUACAGAUAUUGCCUGUAACUGUUCAGGUCAAGGGCUUUCCACUGUCCCAAAGAAUCUGUCAGCCUCUAUUCGAGUUCUAGACUUGUCCAACAACAUAAUCUCUAAUCUGUCUUAUGGCUGCUUCUGUAGAUACACUGAGCUGCAGUAUUUAAAUAUAUCUUCAAACAAUAUCGCUAAACUUCAAGUGGGAUCUUUUGCAAGCUUAAACAAACUUCUGGAACUUAAUUUGCGAGAAAACAAGUUGUGUUACAACAAUCUCACUUUUCCUAAAGGCGUUUUCGGUGAUUUAACCUCGUUGUUACUCUUAAAAUUGGACGAAAACUCGGACCCUUCGACUUGUGAGAACUCGAAUUAUCCAGACGACAGUUUUGCUAAUCUUACUCGCCUGAAGGUCUUACACUUGGAUGGGUUGAAUAAUCAAACGUUAGGUCCUGGAUUUAGAGCAUUGGUAACUCUAGAAAAUUUGACAUUAUCUAGCAACAAAAAAAAGUUUUGCAAUUUAAUUUCUUUAUAUAAUGACACAUUUCUGAACGUUGGUCGUAUUAAACUGUUGGAUAUAAGUCAUUGUAAACUUGUAGGCAGUGCAAUGGAGAAUGGUUCUUUGGUGCCUUUAAAGAAUUUGACGGUUCUUGACAUGAGCUACAACUUUCUAAUUGAAAUGUUUGCUUUUAGCUACGUCAUACGAGAGAUACGUAAUUAUAAAUUGGAAAUUUUAAAAAUCAAUUUCAUAAGACCUGGUUAUGCAACUCCUUUCACUAUUGGCAGGACCUUAAUUGACUGUUUACCAAGAUCUUUAACUUAUCUGGAAGCUGAUGGCUGUAAUUUUAUAUCCGUGGCAACCAAAAGCCUAUCUUUUCUUCCCAGUAAUCUUAGGUAUCUAAGUUUAAAAAAUAAUCGUUUAUCUCAUGGGUAUUACAUCAAGGAACUGAACCAUUUGGCGCAUUUGGAAGAGAUUGAUUUGAGAGGAGGAAAUUUGAACGACUUUCCUGAUACGUUGUUCAAUGGAGAAUUUCAGUGCAGCCAGUCGGAAAAUUCAAUUUCACUGCAAAAGGAUUUCAUUUUCAAGCUACCGCCAAAAGUUACCAGAAUUAAUUUAUCGAUUUACGGACUGUCGUACAUACUGAAAAGCCUAAAAGUAGAUCCCAAUAAUUCGUUAGAAGUGUUAAAUAUUAAUAACAAUUAUUUUCCAUUUUUAAUUGGCCCGAUUGCUGGCCUUAACCAGUUGAAAUCAUUGAACCUUUCUCAUUGUUCAGUUAAAAACAUCAGUGAUAAUUUUUUUAUGAACUUUAGCAGCCUGGACCAGUUAUUUCUUGGGCAUAACACUUUAGGUGAUUUUUUAAUCAAUUCUCACUACAACAUCACUCCAUUCAUUUAUUUGAAACAACUCACGAGGCUAGACUUGUCUUACAAUGGGUUAACCAAAGUUUACCGAAAUUUGUUGAGUGGGUUAAAUGCACUGCAAGAGCUUCAUAUGGAAGAGAACAUUAUGUGGGACUUUAACAUUACCAUAGAUCACAUGUCCAACUUGAGGCUGAUCGAUCUAAGUCACAACCAGAUCAAAGAACUGCCUCUUCACGUAAGGGAACAUAUUGAUAACCUUACAAAGGACCCCAAAAAGGAAAUACUAAUUGAUCUUUCAUUUAACCCUAUCCGCUGUGAGUGCCAGUACCUGGAUAUGAUUCUAUGGAUGGUCUCUUCAAGAGCAUUCAACCCCGCGUUUGAGAACUACAUGUGUGUAUAUCCGGACGGGUCCUACAAAAUCAUCGAAGAUGCCUACGAGGAGACCCUACAGUACCUGAACCACGCAUGCGCAGACAACUAUUCAGUGUUGCUCGUAGUUAUAUUUAGUACCUUGACUAUGAUUAUUUUGGUGAUUGCUGGAAUUUUGUACAGAUUUCGAUGGCACUUGAGGUAUUUGUACUACGCGGCUUACCUGAAGGUCAAGGAAGGUCACCAUAACCAGGAGACGAGAAGCUAUGUUUACGACGUAUUUGUAUCUUAUGCUCAUCAAGAUGAAACAUUUGUAGUGCAACGUCUGAUGCCGGAGUUGAGUAACAGGGGCCUGAAUGUUUUCGUCCAUGGCAGAGACUUUGUUGUGGGGCACUACAUCGCAUCCAAUAUCCUGACAGCCAUCAGAGAGAGUAGAAAGACUCUUGUGGUACUCACCAAGAACCUCAUUAACAGCACCUGGUGUAAUUAUGAGCUUCAGAUGGCCAACAUGGAGUCAGUUCACACUGGACGCCAGGUGUUGGUGUUUUUGAUUAAAGAUUCUUUAGACAUCACUGACCUCAAAACUGACCUUCUGUAUCACAUCAAGAACAAUACGUACAUUGACUACCCACAUGGGCCCAGAGAAAUAGGGCUCGCCUUGAACUUAUUCUGGGAUAAGCUGAGCCUAGAUCUUAAGAACUAAAUCGAGUCUGAAAUAAGAAUAUAAUGGCUAUAAGAAUGAACUCAUCCUGGAAGAAGAAUUGAAUGGCAAUGUGAACUAGUUCUACCCUUUCAUGACAGAAAUAUAAUUUCGAGCAUCAAUUUAUUGUAUCUUAUCAUCUUAUCUUAUAUAUUACAGACGUUACUUCAAAAACGAAGAUGAUUACGUCCUACGCGUCAUGCAUUUAGUCAUGCAUAUUAACCAAUGACUUAAAUUCUGAAAAGUCACUAGUUUUCCUGGCUACCUCAGGCAACCCAUUCCAUGCUCUAAUAGCACUAGGGAAGAAGGAGUAUUUGUACAAAUUUGUCGCAUUUUACCCAAAGUCAAUUUGAAUGGUGAAAGCAGAAUGGGAGUGGUAAAAGAUGGCGAUAAGUCUUGUUUGAAGUCAUUCAAAUUUGUUUCAGUUUAAGUAUUUAAGGGGACGAAACCCUAAAUAUGUAGUCGUAUGUGAAUAAUGAAGGCUUAAUUUCCCUUGUUUGUGUUGAACAAAAUAAUAAAUUACCAGUAAUUAAAUGACAAAUGUAU